AUGGCGGGCCGCCGGUUAGAGAAAGUCGGGACUGUUUUUAUCCCAGUCCGAGACCUGAUGCAGGCUGGGGUAGUGAAGCUCUAUGAGAAGCCCAUUUGGUUUGAUGUUAAUGUAGCAUUUCCCCCAAAAAAGAGACCACCUGUAUGUGAAACCUCACUAUCGUCAACCCACCAGGCCGAAAAAGACCAGCGACUGCCCGAGAUUUUCUAUUCUGAAGACGCCAUCAGAGCAAAACUUUAUCAAGUUUAUGGAGCCAGACCUCGGGCACUGGAUCUGUCCAAGUUUAACUUUGUGUCUGUCUGUCAGAGGUUUGUAGACUAGUAUGAGAAGCUAAAGAACAGCACUGACCUGGAUGAUGCUCUGAUCUGAAGAAACAGGAAAACGAUUACUGGCUCAAGGCAUCAUACUGAGAUAGAGAGGACAGUGAGUGGUGCCAGAGAGCAACAAUUCAGUGCUGGACCUGAAGUUGUCAGAUAUGUUGUCAGAAUAGCAGUCUGUCACAUCAGAAGAAAAAAACUAUGUUGACUAAUUCAACUCCACUAAUUACAGUAUGAUCUGGACAAACAACCUACAUGAACUUGAAUGGUUUAAUUCAUUGUAUUUCCAAAAUGUCACAAAUCCUAAACUAAUAAAUAACAGUUUUCAAAUACUCAGCAAAAUGGUAAAAUAUGUGCUUAAUACAUCAUAAGGUCACACAAAAAAUGUUAUUAGGUUAUUUAUUUUACACAAA